AAUCAUUAACCCUCAAUCCAAACAUUGUAGGUCGAUCUACAAAACUUCUCCACAAAAUUUCCAAACACAUCCUUGAAGCCCGCAAAAAUCCAACAAACUCCAUUCCCACACCUUAUACGCAUAUAAUCCGAAAGCUCAAUACUCAUCAAUGGCCUCUGCGCUUCACUCUUCCCUUUCUCUUUCAGAUAGUCGUAUCUUAGCUCCUUUCCCCACCAUCCCACACCAUUCUGCACGAUUUUCCUCCAACGUUUUUCAUAAGAAACGACACCCUAUAAAGAGAAAUUUCGUCUGCAGUCACGGCGGUAUAAAUGAAAUCACGAUCGUUGAUCUUCCCGGAAAUAAAGAAUCAAGAGCUGACCAUAUAAGGUCUUUGAAGCUCAAGUUAUUGGUAAUUAAGAAAGUUAUGCUCAUAGGAGAACUGUUUUCUCUAGAAGAUGACACUAUGGAUUUGUAUAUAUCAAUGAGUAUUCUUCCAACCGGGAAGGGAAUUCGCUGAUCAGACCAUGAAUGCCGUCUACAAUGAAGUACUUCAAAUCCUGUAAUUAGGCUUUUAAUUAUAUGAACUUUUUAAUAGUGAUGUAUCUUACUUUUGCCCUUCUUUUUGUGCAAAACUCUCUGUGUAAGGCUUACAUUUUCUAUAUAUGUACUAUUACUACGCAGUACAUUUUAAUAUUUAACAAAAAUAAUACUAUGUAAUUCUUUU